AUGACCAACGUCAUAACUGACUUGUUUAUUGUCAUACUGCCCAUCUGGACCGUCUGGCAACUCCAAAUGAGGAAGACCGAGAAGUUUGCAGUCAUCUCCUGUUUCGCCCUCGGCCUGGCAUGCUGUGUCAUUGGCAUCGUUCGCUUCGUGCUGAUAUUCACCAUCGAUCUGAUAGGAAACCUCACGGGUACCUCAAUCACCACCUUCAUGCUCUGCACCAUUGAGCUGAUGCUCGCGGGUCUUUGCAUCAACAUUCCUAUGCUUCGACCUUUCUACGUACGAUGGAGGGCGAGAUAUAAGUCUUCUUCCAUGGAGAACUCCAACGAACAAAGCGGCUACAAGCAUGGGUCAAGCAAUCAACUCAAGGUUCAGCCAAAACCAGGCCAGUACACUGCCUGGAUCGAGUUGAACGACAAAGAUGGCCACGAGACAGUCAGCAACGACGACGGCGGAUCCGAGAGAAACCUGACGAGGGGACAACCGAGCGACGCGAUCCACGUGAAAACAAACUGGAAGAUCACCAGGGAAUAA